AUGGAGGUUAAGACUGGACGACACAUAUCAAAUGAUGAAGAGGAGGAGAACGAGGAGGAGGCGCAACCACUUAGUCCCUCGGCACGUCUAUUUCAUGCACCGGAGUUUAACUGCAACAUUAUAGCGGUGAUUGGUUUUAAGAGUAAGCUUGACCCAGCUGUAGUUAUGAGAGGGGUUGAGCAAACUUUUAUCAGGCACCCUCGUUUCUCCAGUAAAUUGGUGAGUGAUGGGAACCAUAGACAAAACCAAAGAUGGGUUCGGACAAACGUGGUCGUCGAGGAUCACAUCAUCGUACCCGAAAUCAAACCGCAAAACAUAGAGAAUGCUGACGCAUUUCUCGAAGAGUACGUUUCCGACCUCAUGAAGAUCCCCUUGGACACCUCGAGACCAUUAUGGGAACUUCACCUACUCGACUUGAAAACCUCGGACGCUGCAAACGUCGCUGUUUUGAAGAUCCACCACUCGGUCGGCGAUGGCAUGUCAAUCAUGUCUCUCGUCCUCGCUUGCAUGCGUAAAACAUCGAACCCUACUGAGCUCCCGAGUCUCCCGUUUCAGAACCGGUCUUCGUCUGGAUCAUCCCGGUUUAUGGUCGGUUCAAGAAGUGACUCCCGGUUAUGGAGGCUGGUUAAGACUAUUUGGACGGCUAUUAUCUUGAUUUUUAACACGGUUUGUGAUGCGUUGGAAUUUAUUGUUACGACAUUGUUCUUUAAGGAUACUGAAACACAUAUCAAAGGUGAUUUCCGGACAAGGAAGAGUAAACGGUUGUGUUUGGUUCAUCGUACCGUAAGCCUUGACGAUAUAAAACUAAUCAAGAACGCCAUGAAAAUGGAUCUUGCGGAUAUGGUGGAGAAAGGCUCCAAAUGUAGGUGGGGAAAUAAGUUCGGCCACGUAGUAUUUCCCUUUUCCAUUGCAUUACGCGAUGACCCUUUAGAACAUCUCGAAAGAGCUCACAAGAUCAUCAACCGAAAGAAGAACUCGUUCGGAGCAAUGCUAACUUAUAUUUACUGUCAAAUCAUCGUCAGAUCACUUGGAAUUCAGGUGGCAGCUACAAUAGUAAAGAGAAUGGUGUCAAACACAACCAUGACGUUUUCGAACAUGAUUGGUCCAGUUGAAGAAGUUAGCUUCUAUGGACAUCCCAUCACUUACAUUGCCUCAAGUGCUUAUGGUCAUCCCCAUGCAUUGACGAUAUAUUGUCAGAGUUAUAUGGAUAAGAUGACAAUCACACUGACCGUAGAUCCAACGGUUAUAAGUGAUCCUCAUCGGCUCUGUGACGACUUGGAGGAAGCUCUCCAAAGCAUCAAAGUUGCUGCUGUCCAGAAAAAGGAGUCCCUCCGUCUAUGGGAUCGAGUCAGCGAUAGAACCAUUACAAUGGCUUUGCGCCUCUUUUUUCUUUUGGUGAGUAGAAUGGCUUUGCGUCUUUAUAAAACGCUAUGA